AUGCUGCCACCUUUUGCUCUCCUUUGUCUAUCUAUGGCUAUCGUUGAAGCCAUGGCAGGAACUCUAGGAGCUGGAAUUAUCUUGGCUGCCAGUUCAUUGAGCUGCAUGAGGAGCAAAACAUGGCCCCCAUAUGAUAUGAUCAUGAUCUUGCUGAGUUCAUUUAGAUUCAUCUCACAGUCAUGGGCUACACUGGAUUUCUUGAUGACUAUGUUUUCUGAACCCUUCUCUUAUAUAGAAAAAGUGUUCAUACCUGCCACGAUAAUUUUUAUGGUCCUGAACUACUCCAGCCUCUGGUUUGGAGCAUGGCUUAGUGUCUUCUAUUGCAUCAAGGUUGCCAGUUUUACAGAGCCUUUCUUCAUCUGGUUGAAGCAAAGAAUUGCCAGGCUGGUGCCCUGGAUGCUGCUCACAUCAUGGCUCUGCUCCAUCACAGCUGCAAUUCCCUUUGCCUUGCAUGUCUACAGGGUGUACAACAACUUCACUGCUCCUUCAUCCCUGACAAACUCUUCAGCAAUGAGAACCACAAGGAAAGACAGUUUGGAUGUAUUAAUUUUUCUCUCUAAUGCCAGUAUAGGCAUGCCUUUAAUCCUGUCUGUUGUUUCAAGUGUCCUGCUGGUUCGGUCUCUGUGGAUACACACCAGACGGAUGCAAAAUAAUGCAAGCGGCUUCAGGGAUCCCAGCUUACAGGCACAUAUGAAAGCCAUCAAGGCAGUCUGUUCCUUCCUCAUCCUUUACAUUGUAUAUUUUAUUUGUGUGCUUCUCCUCUUAUUCUCUGGUUUUUCACCUUUCAGCAGUGAAGAAUUGAUCUGUAUAGUUUUAAUCACUGCAUGUCCUACAGGACACACGUUGGUUUUAAUUUGGAGCAAUCCAAAAUUUCAAGAGCUGCCAGCUAGGAUUUGGCACCACAUUAACUGUCAUGUCAGAACUGCAUCCAUGUAA